AUGCUUCGGUAAGCGUUCGUGUGCCUCUCCGUAUUUUACCCCACCCAUCUUUCGUCAAUUUUAUUUUUCCAGGUACCCACAUUUCCUCUCCUCCUCAGUCAAUAUUCUCGCCAAAGUUCGUCGGUUCAGUUCAGCUCCGAACGCCUUUUCCUACAAUCGGAAGGUCUUGAUCCCGAAUUUCCCUCUGAAAAAGGCUCCAGGAAAGACGAUCAGCAUCGAAGUGGCGGAGUACAGCGAUGUCAAAAUGAUCGAGAACUUUUGUGUGGAGGCCUUUCUGCAGCAUGAACCGAUUUUGAAGUAUCUGGGUGAGUUUGUUGACGAUUUUGUACAAAAAUUUGGUCGCAGCCUGCGAACAAUUGCGGUUCCAAGGAAUAUAAGGCUCAGGCUUAGCCCUAGGCGAGUUAAACUUAGUUCAGGCUUAGCCUAGGCUUAGAUUGGCGCUGAAUUUUGACAUUCUAAGAGUGGGUUGUGAAUAUUUUUUUCACUAUUUACAUUUGUAAAAAAUCAAACACUCGAUUUUCCCGCCAUUUUUUAAAAUUUUUUAGCGUUUUGUUUUAGAUGCGAUUUGAGUCAUAGCCCAUUUAGAAAUUACUUUUUGAUAACCCUGACUUUAUCUUCUUACCAAAGAAAUAUUUCUCCAGAGAUCGACAGAGACACUUUUGUCAACGAAAUCCUCGACGGAAUGUCCAGACAAUGUCUCCGGUUCCCAUACUCAAUCGUGGCCAUGGAUGGUGACAAAAUGGCCGGAUACUAUCUCGGCUUUGUCGAGAUAAUUGACGAGAAUUCCGUCCCUUCGCCCAUGGGGGUUAAGGAUUUUGGCCUUUGUACGUUUUUUUUUAUUUUUAAAUUUUUUUGAUUUUAUUUGCAGUACACGACCACUACGUCAACAAGUACCAGAUCAAGAAGAGGAAUGCUGCAGUUUGCUCUACCGUCGUCAAUUACUGUUUGGGAAUGAUCGGGCAUUUCGUCCCGAGAGAUAAUGGAAGAGUACUGAUGGGCCAUGGUGAACAUGCGGCUGUUGCAAAGGAAUAUAGUGGGUAAGCAGGCAUUUAAAAUUCAUUUUUAAUACUUUUACGGCUCUAAUUUUGAGAUGCUGCUGCAACUUGACAUCCUUUUGCCAAACUUUUGACAUUUUUCUUUCUUUUCCUGAUAUUCCGACCUCGAAACUCCUAAAACAAAGAUAUUUUGCAAAAUCAGCCUUUGCUUUUUAAAAUACGACCAAAUCUCUUUUGAUUUCAGUAACAAUAUCCUCCAGACUAUGCUGAUUUCGGCCGCCAGAGAGAUGAGGGCCGAUGGAUUUGUCAAAAUGCUCUGUGGAAUCACGACUGGCAACGUUUCCACUGCCAAUAUGCUGGAGCUGGGCUACUCGCUUGUUUGGGAAAUACCUUAUCGCGACUUCAAAAUCCACGGCGAACCCGUGUUUGGCGAUGGAGUUCUGCAUGACGGAGGAAGCAAGAUCAGCUUGUUCUUAGCUGAUGUGGAUGCUGUUGCUGAUAGAGAGUUGCCUAAAUAA